AUGAUUUCCAUCAUCCUACCACUGCUCUCGUCGCAGUUUCUGGAACACCCAGCUCGCUCGUUGUUCUUGUUGAUAAUAUGCAUUCCCACAUUGUAUGUUAUUGGGAACGAAUACGUGCGAUACUCCCGACGAAUCAAGGGUUUUCCCGGACCGACCAACUGGCCCUUGGUGGGCAACAUUCCAGACAUCAAGGUUAAUGCGGCCGAGAAGUAUCGUGAAUGGAGCAAGACUUUUGGCGCUGUGUACCAGAUACAGCUUGGAAAUGAGCCGGUAAUUGUGGUCAACAGCGCGGAAGCCGCGAAGAAAAUCUUUGGUGGGAACAGCCAGGCGCUGAGUUCCAGACCCGUAUUUUGGACUUUCCACAAGGUGCUCUCAAACACAGCCGGUACGACAAUCGGGACGUCGCCAUUCAAUGAUUCGCUCAAGCGCAGGAGGAAGGGUGCUGCCUCGGCACUCAACAAACCUUCGAUUGCGACAUACAUCGACCACCUCGACCUUGAAACGAAGGAAUUUGUAAAAGACGGAUUUGAGUCAGGCCAUGCUGGUACUGUUGGUGUAAACCCCAUGCCCAUGAUUGAGCGCCUUUCACUUUCGCUCGCUCUGACCCUCAACUGGGGUACAAGGAUGAGUAGUCGACAUGAUCCAAUGUUUCACGAGAUCUGUGAGGUCGAAGCCGCUAUCUCGAAAUUUCGUAGUACGACUGGAAACUUGCAGGACUACAUUCCCAUCUUGAGACUCAAUCCCUUCAGCUUCGGCACCAAGUCUGCGAAAGAGCACCGAAACAGACGAGAUGUCUACCUAACGAAGCUGAAUCGCGAUUUGGACGAACGAAUGAAGAAGGGUACUCACAAGACGUGUAUCCAGGCAAACAUUAUCCAAGACAAGGAAGCCGCGUUGAACAAGGAGGAGUUAACGUCGAUCAGCCUGACGAUGUUGUCUGGCGGUCUAGACACCAUCACUACCCUCGUUCAGUGGAGUGUGGCGCUGCUGGCUCAAAGGCCGGAUAUCCAAGAAAAGGCUAUCAAGGAGAUUCGGAAGUACUACUCGGAAGACGAGCCGCUAGCGGAUGCGUACGAUGACCAAAAGUGUGAGUAUGUUGUCGCACUGGUUAGAGAGUGCUUACGAUACUACACUGUACUACGCCUAGCGCUUCCGCGAGCGACAGUCAAGGAUAUCAUGUAUGAGGGCAAGCUCAUCCCCGCAGGCAGUACAGUAUAUCUGAAUGCAUGGGCAUGUAAUAUGGAUGCCGAAGUUUGGAGAGAUCCGGACGAGUUCCGUCCUGAGCGUUGGCUAGAGCAACCCGACGCCCCGCUGCAUACAUAUGGCCUAGGUUACAGAAUGUGUGCAGGCUCAUUGUUAGCCAAUCGCGAGCUGUACCUUGUCUUCCUGCGGACGCUGAACAGCUUUGAGCUAGUACAGAAAUCGGAGGUGGACGUGCAUCCUGUCAGGGGCAGCUCAGACCCUACCAGUUUGGUGACGAUGUGCCGACCUUACGAGAUUCUCUUCAAACCUCGAAACGAGCAGAUUCUGCGGGAGGCUCUUAGGGCAGCAGAUGAGCGAUUGGCCGAGUUUGAGAAGGCGUAA